GCCCCAGCCGUACUAUCACGGUGACACAGCUGGCUGCCUCGCCUGCUGGCUGCGGGGAGACCUCCCCCACCGGCGCCUCCCCAGGCCCGCCCUGCAUCACAUGAGCCCCUGCGGCCGCCCGCCCCUUCCCCAGGCUGGCGGGCAGCGCAGGAGGCCCGGAGCUGUCUGGGGCCGGAGGCCUCCGCUGUGAGAAGGCCAGGCUGGCUGUGGCCUCCCAUCCGUUCCCCACGCGGUCGGGAAAGGCGCUCCAGCAGCUCUGGGGCGCUGGCCUCGUGUCGGCCCCAGAAGGCUGCCCACCACUCGCCCGGCACCAGGACUGUCUCCCAGACCCACCUCUGGACCCAUGUCCCGGGCAUCCCCCUUGCUGGACAGCAGGCUCCCGGCGUCCACCAGCGGCUCAGUGCCCCGGGGUCCCAGGAAGGGCGGCCCAGCCUGCGUCACCAGGCCUAUCUCUCUCUCCUCUCCCCUGGGGCUCCCGUGGCCACCCGCAGUGGACAGGACGGACAAGACAGCGACGAUGCCCGACUCACCUGCAGAAGUGAAGACGCAGCCCCGCUCCACACCCCCCGGCAUGCCGCCCCCACCACCUGCCGCAUCGCAGGGGGCCACCCGACUCCCCUCCUUCACGCCACACACAAAUGGAGAGGACGGACCCACGAUGUCCCUGCCCCAUGGCCGUUUUCAUGGCUGCUUAAAAUGGUCUAUGGUCUGUCUUUUGAUGAACGGUAGCCACUCUCCGACAGCCAUCAACGGUGCCCCAUCCAUGCCCAGUGGCUUCAGCAAUGGCCCAGCCACCUCGUCCACAGCCUCGCUGUCCACACAGCACCUGCCCCCUGCCUGUGGGGCACGGCAACUCAGCAAGCUCAAGCGAUUUCUCACCACCCUGCAGCAGUUUGGCAGCGACAUCUCCCCAGAGAUCGGGGAGCGUGUGCGCACACUGGUGCUGGGGCUCGUGAACUCCACGCUGACCAUUGAGGAGUUCCAUUCUAAGCUCCAAGAGGCCACCAACUUCCCUCUGCGUCCAUUCGUCAUUCCCUUCCUGAAGGCAAACCUGCCCUUGCUGCAGAGGGAACUCCUGCACUGCGCCCGCCUGGCCAAGCAGACCCCUGCCCAGUACCUGGCCCAGCACGAGCAGCUCCUGCUGGAUGCCAACGCCUCCUCCCCCAUCGACUCCUCGGAGCUCCUCCUGGAAGUCAACGAGAACGGCAAAAGGAGGACACCUGACAGGACCAAAGAGAACGGGUCAGACCGUGACCCACUGCACCCCGACCACCUCAGCAAACGGCCCUGUACCCUGAGCCCCGCGCAGCGCUACAGCCCCAGCAAUGGGCUGCCCCACCCCACGCCACCGCCACACUACCGGCUGGAAGACAUAGCCAUGGCCCACCACCUCCGUGACACCUAUCGCCACUCUGACCCCCGGGAGCUGCGGGAGCGCCAUCGGCACCUUGCGGUGCACGGGUCCCGGCAGGAGGAAGUGAUCGACCACAGGCUCACGGAGCGGGAGUGGGCCGAGGAGUGGAAGCAUCUCAACAACCUCCUGAACUGCAUCAUGGACAUGGCUGAGAAGACACGGCGGUCACUCACGGUUCUGCGCCAGUGCCAGGAGGCCGACCGUGAGGAGCUCAACCACUGGAUCCGGCGCUACAGUGACACGGAGGAUGCCAAGAAGGGCCCCGUACCUGCCACUGCCCGGCCCCUGAACAGCUCCGUGGGUGCAGAGGGCUCUCAGCUAGACGCCCACCGGGAUUUCAUGCCUAGGACCCUCUCCGGCUACAUGCCUGAGGAGAUAUGGAGGAAGGCUGAAGAGGCGGUGAAUGAGGUGAAGCGGCAGGCGAUGUCUGAGCUGCAAAAAGCCGUGUCAGAUGCCGAGCGAAAAGCCCACGAGCUCAUCAGCACAGAACGUGCCAAGAUGGAGCGGGCCUUGGCUGAAGCCCGGCGGCAGGCCUCAGAGGACGCUCUGACUGUCAUCAACCAGCAGGAGGACUCCAGCGAGAGCUGCUGGAACUGCGGGCGCAAGGCCAGUGAGACGUGCAGUGGCUGCAACGCGGCGCGCUACUGCGGCUCCUUCUGCCAGCACCGGGACUGGGAGAAGCACCACCAUGUGUGUGGCCAGAGCCUGCAGGGCCCCGCGGCCGCCGUGGCCGACCCGGGGCCUGCACAGCCCGACGCCACGGCCAGCCUGGGCCCCUGCCUGCCCGCAGGAGCCGCCAGCCCCAGCGAGGCCAGCUCCGCGGGCCCGUCCCGCCCCGGCUCCCCCGGCCCACCUGGGCCCCUGGACGCCGCGCCCCGCUGA